GCAUUUUAUCUUUGGCUAAGAGAUAAAGUUUCUCUUCACUACGCUGCCUCACCAACAAUUACAGAAAAAUUACACACAUCAUUAGAAGACUAAUUCACCUCUGUCAUCAUGAUAUCAAAGAUUUAUAAAUUAAAUAGGAGUCCAAGACGGAGUAAAGAGAAAGUAAAUAAUCUCCAGAUUCUGCAGUCCGUUGUGAAAUGGCAACACCUGGAGUACACAGCUACCUCUCUAUUGGAUAUAUUCGCAACCAUCUUCAAUCAUCAAGCCCUAAUCCUGUCUGUAAACUCCAGCUUCGUGGAUCCCUUAAUGCAAUUUGAAACUCAGUUGAAGAUAAUAGAGUCAUCCUUUAAAAUAGUAUUUGCUAUGCCAACUCUUAAAGAAGUGAAAGACAUUGGGAAUACCGAAACUGAGGAGCAGGACCUGGAGGAAUUAUACCAAACUAUUUUAAACAUAUAUGAGGACACUCUUCUGAUCUUAGUGUCUAAAGACCUCUACAAACUGCAAAUCUUAAAGGAAAUGGCCGUGUGGAUGAGUGAAGAUAAAUCAUACCUGCAGCAUAGAGUCUUGGUGAUCAUCUGCAGGGUGCUAAACUUUGCAUCCAGGAAAGUCAAGGGAUAUGGAAGUGUGGACGCUCCAUGUCUUGGGGACCUGGCAGCAGAACUGUCUCUUCUAUGUUCCCACACUGAUGCGUCCAUCACACAGCAAGCAUCCUUUGGAAUAUAUCACCUCCUCUGCAUUGCAAACUGUCAGAAUGAAAGUAAAGCUACAAAGUGUGAUAAGUCUGGAAGUCACAGUUGGCUGCCUUCGCUCUUGGAUAUAGAAUACCUCCCUGACAUCUUGCGAGGAGACAAAACUAAAAUCGCUCAGAGUGUAGGACAAACCUUAGGGCCAACCUUGCUGACUGACUUUGUGUGGAAUCUCUUUAUGAGACUCAAUGCAAAGGAUCCUGUAAUGGCAAAGGAAGCGGCCACCAUACUAAAACUGACUCUGGAAUACCACGCCAAAAAGGUCACCAUGGUGUCUAAGAUUGUGCAUGCUAUUUAUCAGCAACUGUCUGGGAAUUCUCCUCACGCUAUGAGGCACGCUAUGUUGCGGGUCAUCACUUUAUUGACGCGUACUUCGCCGAAGAAGGUCAUCUUUCAGCUUAUGGACUACCCAGUCCCAGCAGACAACACUUUGAUACUGAUGUGGCAUGCAGCCGGGAACGAGUCCAGCGUGGCCCCCUACGUGCUGAAGACAAUCUUGUUGAUACUGAAAGGAAAGCCUGGGGAAAUGCAGGACACCAUCUUGGAAAGAAGACGUUCCUCUCUGGAUGCCACUAAUAUGAUGCCCGUGGCGGCGUCCCAGGCCCUGUGCACAUUGUUGCCCGUUGGCUCUUACAAGAAAGCAGUGGCCCAGUUCUUUCCUCAGCUCUUGAUGGCCCUCAUGUUUCAACUCUGCUAUAGCAGCAACAUGCAACUGGAUUCGGAGGACAAUUUAUUCUAUGCCCGGGACGCCCUGAGAGUGCUACUGAAUUGCUCCGGACUGCAGCAGGUGGAUCUUUCUCUGAAGAGAAAGAAUUUCUGGAAACAGGUCUCCCAAGUUCUGUUUCACCUCCACGGGAUCUACCUCGUUGCCAAAACUCUCGCUGAACAUAACUUUCCGCAAUUUCCAGAGACCCUACAUUAUCUCUACAAGCUCUCAGUGGAAGGUCCUAGAAGAACAGAGGAGGGUGUGAUCACAGUAAUUUUCCUUACUGAGCUUCUGAACAAAUUCUUCAAGGACCCAUUCCCAGAAGAAUUUCUGGUUCUCUUCAGGAACUGGGUCAAUGACUCCAAUCCUGCAAUUAGCAAACUGAGCCUGCAGAAAAUCGCCUCCAUGGCUCCAGUGAUCAACCAGGUAGAAAGUGUCUGCAGCUUAGUGCUAUCCAUCUUGGAUGCCUUCUUUUCCAAAGACAAGACUGUUGUAAUUCGGGCCUUGUUUACCCUUCGGAGACUUUUAAACAAACUGGACAAGGUGAUCUACUCGUCUUUGUGUACCAGAAUUGCUACCAGCUACUGCCCUCUGAUGGAUCAUAGUGACGCAGGCAUUCGGAGCAUGGCCAUCCGGCACUUUGGUGAACUGCUUGAAGACAUGAGCCAGUACACAUGGAUGUUGAAUGCCGUGAUUCUUGAAUCCCUGGUGCCUCUGAUCCUGUUUCUGGAGGAUAUAGAGACAAGAGUCGUGAUGGCAUGUAAACAUACACUGACAAUCUGCGCCUUUCAAUUAAAAUGGUCAACAUUUCCACGGUCCAUUGAGCAUUACAGUUUUGAGCUGGUGGUGCUCAACAUCUGCAACAAUAUUUUUAUUUCUCAUGGGAGCUACAUUACAGAUUUGCUAUCUGAUAGCUUGGGAUUCCUGAGGAGCUCCCGAGUAUACCUGAGGAGAGCAGCCAUUAUUUUAAUAGGAUACUUGGCAAUAUUGGGUAGACAUUUACUGCUCAGAGAUGAUAUUGAAGUCAUUAUGGAGGCUGUCGAACGAGUGCUUCUGGAUGAAGACCGUCUGGUCAGGGAGUUGGCAAAAACAACCUAUGAACUUUUUAAGAAAGUAGCCCGUAAAAUGACCUCCUCCAUUAUUAAACAGAGCUUCCGAAGAUUGUUUAACUUCAUCUACAUCAGUAAAGUGAAGCCUCUUUAUAAUUAUAACUUGCCUGGAAGUCUCAAGGAGAUUGAAGAAACAGAUAAUUAUGAAAACAAGGUGGAAGAAUGAGACAUUCACCAGUGCCUUGGAGCACAACUCACAAGAGGAGUGGUUUUCCCUUUCCCUCUUGAUAACCUGAGUCUAUUUGUAGAUGCUUUUCUGAAGGAAAAAGGAUCUAGGAGCCAUUUUACUGUUCCUUCUUAAUUGUCUUCAAAUAUAGAAAUAUGUUGCCUCUCUAGGUCUGACAGUGAUCAGAAGCCUUAUUUCAUCAAACUAAUAAAAUUGAAAAAUCAU